AUGUCUGACGCCGAAGGAUUCGAGGUUGUCCAGCACGACGAGUCGGUUCUAUCGGGCGAGGAGACUGCCGGUACUGUUGGUACUGGGGCUACUGAAUCGCCCAAAUCUUCGGUUAAGUCAAGCAAUGGAUCUAAAACCGAAGACAAUGCCGUGAAGCGACCAGCUACUGGCACUUCCGGUACUGCCACAACUACAACGGCUCGUGCUAGUGGCGGUUUGACCAAGCCUCCAACUCGCCCACCUGCUGGGGCCGCUGUCAAGAAGCCGUCACCGUCUGUUUCAGAAGAUGAGAGGAAGAGGUCCACUAUGACCUCUGCGGCGGCGCGUCGAACCUCGAUGGCACCAAGCGUAACGUCUCCCGGAAAAUCUAGCCCCUCCUCGGCUACUAGUAACAUAGCAUCGAGGACCAAUACCCUUGCAAAGCCCACGCCAUCUACAGCUGGCACGGGGAAUUCCCUAGCUCCUAGUGCUGUAGCUGAUGCAAGGAAGCGGCUAUCCAGCGUCACAGGUUCUCCGAUUUCUUCUACUGGAGUUGCGAGACAUGCGCCUCGCCCAUCUAUCGCGUCGCCGACUUCUGCGCUUGCCGAGAAAGAGUCCGAGGUGGAGUCCUUGAAGGAACAGGUUGUUUCUUCUCAGGCCAAGGUCACCGAGCUUGAAGAAAAGAUCAAGACCGAGGUAAAUGGCGUCCAGGGCGCCGAAGAUGUCUCAGCCCAUGCCUCCGAGAAGGAGACUUUAAGCAUCCAGAUCUCGGAGGCUCUUGAAGCCCACAGGAAAAAGUUAGCUGAAUUAGCUAGCUCCCAGGAAGCCAAAAACACCGAGAUUGACGGCCUACAGAGCAAGCUCGACGAAGGUGCUUUGACUAAGGCGGCUGAGGAGCACGCUGCUGAAUUAGAAGCUUUCGUUGAAGCUCUAAAAACUUCGCAUGCAGCCGAACUAGACCAAACAAAGGCCUCAUCCGGCGAGCACGAGAAGGCACUUGAAGAACUGAAGGCCGCUAAUGAAGCGUUCCAGAAAAAGAUUGAUGAAUUAACCUCUUCGACCGACAGCGUGAGUGCUGAGAGUGCUUCCAAGAUUUCUGCGCUUGAGAAUGAGCUCGCAGAUCUGAAGUCUGCUGCUGAGCAAGACAAGGCUGCACUGGCUGCUUCGCAGGCAGAACUACAAGAAGUUAAAGCGAAGCUUGAGGAGUCCCUCGCUGUCGUAGAUGCCACGAGGGAAGAGCUGACCAAGGUCAAGGAAGAGUUUGCUAGCUUACAGGAGGAGUUAGGUCAGGUAAAAGCGGAUGCAUCAUCCAGCGCUGAUCUCGCUACUCAGAUCAAGGAGGCCGAGGAGAAGUACGAGAAAUUAAAGCAGGAACAUAAACUCUCAGAUGAGACACACGAAGCCCAACUGAAGCAGGUAUCCCAGGAUUACGAGACAGAGAUUGAGAGCCUCAAGGGUGAUGCUUUCUUCAAACGCAAGUUUCACGUCCUAGAGGAAGAACAUAACGAACUAAAGACCAAAUUUGACGAGCUAACCGGUACACAUUCAACGACUGUCACAAGCCACGCAGAAGAGUUGGAGGCUGCAAAGGCUGAAUAUGCGGCUGCUGUUGCAGCCCUUUCCGCCAAGGAAGAGGAGCAUCAAAAGGCACUUGACGCAUUACAAGCUAGCCAUGCAAUGGAUUUGGAAAGCGCCAAGAGCGGUGCUUCAGUUGACAAGGAAGCACAACUAGCCGAACUAGAGUCUCUCAAGGCCAGCCAUGCGAAACAAAUUGAGAUCUCCAAGGCCGAGAGUGAAGCUGCCCUCGCAAGGGAGCUAGAGGCUCUCAAGGCUGCCCACCUGGAGGUUCUCAAUGCUCAAAAGCAAGCCUUGGAUACAGAAAUUGCCGAGUUGAAGGCUGCUCACGCCCAGGAGCUCUCUACUAAGGAUGCUGAUAGUAGCGCGCAUGUGGCGCAACUAGAGGCUUUGAAGACAGCUGUCGAGGAGGCGCAGGCUGAACUGGAGAAAGCCAAGGCCAGCCACGCACAAGAGAUUGCCGAGAAGGAGGCUGACAGCAGCGCUCAUGGUGCUCAGUUGGAAGCAUUGAAGGCGGCCCUCGCAGACGCGCAUGUGGAACUCGACAAAGCCAAGGCUAGCCAUGCUCAGGAGCUGGCUGCUAAGGAUGCCGAUGGAAGUGCCUAUGUGACCCAAUUAGAAGCCCUUAAGACGGCGGUCGAAGAUUCUCAAGCCGAGCUCGAGAAAGCUCAAGCUAGUCACGCCGCUGCUCUCGAGGCCCUGAAGAAGGAAACCGAGGAUGCCCACUCCGCCGAGAUUGAGAAGCUGAUAACAAUGCAGUCCGAAGCUGUAGAAGCCGCGAAGAACAACGCAUCGGGCUCUCACAAGGAAGCCAUCGAAGCCCUGGAAGCGAAGCAUGCCCAGCUGAUCGAGGAGUUGAAGCAAGACCACGAGAGUAAGCUCUCUGCAGCUACUUCCGAUGUGGCUAAGCAUCUAGAUGCCGCUACCGAGCACGAGGCAGCGUUAAUCGCAGCGAAGGAGGCAUUGGCCAAGGCCCAAGAGCAAUCCACAACUCUGGAAGCAGAAUUAGCUGAAAUCAAGACUAAGAACAUUGAACUGGUUAAGAUCCAGGAAGAAUACGAGUACUUGCACCAACAGCUUGCAGAGGCCAAGAUGAACAAUGUGGAACUCAUGGCUGAGCUUGACGCUUUAAAGAACCAGAGGCCGGAUACCUCUAUUGCGGACGCGUUGAAGGCGGAGCUCCGGGAACUCAAAGAGUCUCACGCUCAAGAAUUAGCUGCUGUCAAGGAGGUAUCCACAAAAUCCGCGAGUGAUUUCGAACUUCUACAGAAAGAUUACGACGCGACAAAGUCAGAGUUUGAAUCUCUGAAGGGGCAGUUAGAGGCAGCCAAGCAGGACGCUCUCAUUGCGCAGAAGGAUCUAGAGGCGCAUAAGAACGACGCCGAGGCCAAACUAAAGAACCAGGAAGCCGACUACAAGGAUAUGUACGAGAAUCUGUCUACUAUAGCGGAGGAAGAGCAGAAGAAGAGGGCGGCAGUUGAGAAGGAAGCAUCCGAUAUCAAGUCGAGAUUUGCAGAGAUGGAAGCUCAGCUGAAGGUCAAGGACGCGGAAAUUGCCGAGGCACUGGCUAAGGCGGCGGCGCAAACGCCAGUGAAGAAGGGUCUGUCAGCUAGUAGAUUCGCAGACGACAAUGAAGCUGACAAGAAAGAAGAUUACGAAGGUGCUACCGACUCGGAGGCUCCCGCAGCUGCAGGUGAGGAGCCUGACCAUUCAUCGGCUGCGAUGAGUGCGUUAGCACAAGUUAAUCUAUCCAUCAAGGGCCUGAAGUCCAUGAGUGACGAAAUGGGGGACCGGAAUCUGCGGUACGUAGAUCUAAUAUCUAAUCUCGUCUCUUAAAUUAUACGUGUGUGAAGGUGUCGAUUCGAUCAGCAGGCUAACAGGAUACAGCAUGCUCAAGUCCAUGACCAAUAUUCCCCAGAAAUCAUAAGCUGGAACUGAACGAUAGUCGGCUAUGACCAAAAAUUCCUUCUCGACAUUAUAGCGGUUUUUUUUUUUCAUCCCACGCUAUUGAUGACGUUCCCGGCAUGACUCGCCCCCUGAUGACUUUAUUUCGGCCACGAUCUUUCAACGUCAACACGUUGGAUACGCUAUCCAACCAAACUUCUCGCCCACCGCUACCUUUGCGCCCGGGCCUAAUCCUAACUGACGCACGCCGUUUAUCGCGUUUAUCGUGAAU